AUGUUGAUUGCCAGUAAUACCAUGGAUAAAGAUGCUGGACCCAUCAGGGCGCAUGGCACAUUACGUUCGCAUCAUCGAGCCAUGAUGGCCAGCAUGUCCAAACUGACGUUAUCAGCACAAACCUUCCACUAUUCAUUUGAUAAUCAGGACAAUGCUGUCAGUAAAAUCUUGACGGAAUCCAGUGAACUUUUAUUGAUGAUUCGAAAUUUUAUCAAUACGUGUCAAGAUUUGAAUUUACCCUUGGUGCCCACCGAUCCUCAGUGGGUGGCUACCACAGAUAUCGCUGCUGCUAAUGUGCAAUCCGGUACACAACAACGAUAUAGCUUGCAAGUGAAUUUAGCAGAGAAUUUAGAGACGAUGGGUACAUGUAUUCAAGAUUCAGCAGAGACAAUUAUUAAAUGUAUUGCGGCCAGUACACCCAACACCACAACCGAAAAAAUGUCAUUGUCAGGUUUAUUAUUCACUCAUUUUCGCAACUUGUCCAACCAAACGGGAUUGUUUCUUGGCUAUCUAGACGAAACGGAUUUUUCAAGUGUACAGUUGGAACUGGAAAUGAAGGAUUUAUUACUGGGGAAACAAUCACUUGCGGAUAGUUUAGGCGUCUUAUUCUUUCAAUUACAAGCAUUGACAAAUCAAGAUACAUCAACAUUCGAGCAUUGUUUACAACUAACGGAACAAGCAGCGGGUAGUCUGUAUGAACCUAUUGAAUUGAUUUGUGCCAGUGUUCUUGUAUUGGCCAAUAAGAACAGAAGCCGAAGUAAUAGUAAUGCUUCCUUCUUACACACCGAAAGUAUCAUUAAACCCCCCGUAUUAGCAACUAUGGAUGAGGAAGUGAUUGAAGAAGAAGAUGAAGACGAUGACUUGUUUUCAGAACUAGGUACAAUGAAUGGCACAGAGAUAUCCGAAGAAGAAGAGUUUGAUCGUAAAUUAAUGAUGGAUCGACACAAGUCUGAAAUUACCAGUAGCAGUAGUAUGAUACCCCCACCUCCCAUGAUACGAUCCCAGACAGCCCCACCCUCUAAGAAUUCAAAUAACAAGAUUAAGAAAUUCUUUGGUGAUGAUGCACCUUUAGCAGCAGUAGCAGCAGCAGCACCCACUGUUCAUGAACGACCUCAUUUCUUACAAUACGAUUAUGGGGUGAAUGAAAUUGUGUUUAAUAUGGAAGGCAAUGUUAAAGGAGGUACAUUACCUGCCCUUGUGGAACGUUUGACCAUGCAUGAUUAUCUGGACAUGAAUUUUAUCAAUACAUUCUUAUUGACAUAUAGAUCAUUUUGCAGUUCUGUGGAUUUAUUAAAUCUGUUAGAAGCCAGAUAUAAUCUACAGUGUCCUCCUGGAUUAACACAGGAAGAAUCCAUCAUGUGGGAAGAAAAGAAAUUGAAAUUGGUGCGAUUACGUGUGUUCAACGUCUUGAAGAAUUGGCUGGAAUUAUAUUAUAAUGAAGACGAUAGUAUUCUAUUGGACCGAUUAUUGGAAUUUACACAGACCAACAUUAAAGUCACCUUGAAAUUCUCUAAUGGACAAUUGGAAUCUUUAAUUGAACGAAGAAGACAAGCAAAUACGAUGGACAAUGGCGGAUUAAAAAAGAUGAUUUUAACACUACCGGACCCACCAGAACCCAUCUUACCAAGGAAUCGACGUCGUUUUAAAUUAUUAGAUAUUGAUGCGUUAGAAAUGGCAAGACAAUUGACGAUUAUGGAUUUCAAAUUAUAUAGUGCGAUUAAACCAAUUGAAUGUUUGGAUAAAGCUUGGUCUUCGCAGGAAGAUGAUCAAGUGGCUGAUAAUAUUCGCGCUUCUAUUGAAUAUUGUAAUCAAGUGACAUCUUGGGUGUCUGAUGUGAUUCUAAGUCAACAUGACAUCAAGAAACGUAGUGUGUUGAUUAAAUAUUGGGUGCAAGUAGCAGAGAAAUGUCGAAUUCUCAACAACUUUAAUACAUGUAUGGCAAUUCUUUCAGCAUUUGACAAUAGUUCAGUGGGCAGAUUAAAGCGUACAUGGGAAGUGGUGGGAGCGCGCACAAAUCAAACAUUACAGCAUAUCCGUAAAUUAAUGGGUGCCAAUCGAAAUUUCACGGAAUAUCGAGCGAUUAUUCAUUCGAUCAAUCCACCGUGUAUACCCUUCCUGGGAAUUUACUUGCAAGAUUUAACCUUUAUUGAAGAUGGCAAUGCCAAUGAAUUGAAGAAAUCCAAGGAAUUAAUUAAUUUUGCAAAACGAGCGAAAACAGCUGAAGUCAUUCGAGAAAUCCAACAAUACCAAUCUUCUUUAUACCAAUUAAAAUCCGUAGAGGAUUUACAAGAGUUUAUUCGCUCCAAUCUGAAAAGCACACGAGAUGAAGAACAGCUGUACAAGGAGAGUUUAAAGCUAGAGCCAAGGGAACGCGAGGAUGAAAAGAUAACGCGUCUUUUACAAGAAUCUGGAUUUUUAUAA